AUUAACUGGUUUAAACUGAGUAAUAAAAAGUGCGCAUAUUUCAACAUGUUCCCGUUUGUCAAGAAAGUAUAAAUAUACGUCCGUUAUGUUAUUUGUAAAGCUGUGACAAAAUUGUUAUUGUAGGAUUUUGUAACGCAUACGUUCAUGAUGAAAAAAGCCGGCGUUGACAACAUACCGAGCAGAAAAUCGACAUCACGGCAGCACUCUCAACCUCAGCUGCAGCAGCAGCCGCAACCACCGGCCUACACUCAUCAGCAAGUUUAUUACGGACAGCAACAAGGCUACGGGCAACAAGCUGGCUACGUCCAACAAGGCUAUGGUGGCGCGCAGAGGCCGGUUGUGGUUUUAGCCCAGCCACAGCCGUCGUCGGUACCGGUCGGGCAACGACCUAGAGACUUUCUGGUGCCUUCGAUAUUUGCUUGUUUUUGUUGCUUCUGGCCAACUGGGGCCGCCGCCAUCUAUUUUGCAAUGGAGUCCAAGAAUGCGCUUAAUAGUGGUGAUAUCACGAACGCCAACCGUUACUCGGUGAUCGCCCGAAACCUUAUGAUAAGUAGCAUUGUGAUUGGAGUGAUCUGGAUCGCCGCAGUCAUCGCAGUGUACGCAACCAAUUACGCCAGAGCAACAGCCACUUAUUGUGCCAAUGGCAAAUGCUAAGAUUAAUUCCCCGAGAUGUGUUGGGGAGCAGAUAGCAAACAGUGUCGAUUAUCGUUUUAAAAGUGUAAUUAUUGUAUUAUAACUUGGCUGGCUUAUUGAACUUCAAGUAACAAUUUACUUUAAUUUUUUCCAUGUUUGCCCAAACAACUGAUGGUUUAUAACGAUUGACUCAAUAAUGUUAGUGGGAAGGUUAUAGUCUUUGAUACUGUGUAAGGAAAACUUUUUGUUUCAUCCAAUCGUGCCUUAGCAUGUAUACUCCGAUUUGCAUGAAAUCCUUUUGUAACUAUAAAUAUUAUCAGUAAUUUUAUUGAAAUGUUUCCUUUUUUAUAUCAAUUUAAUUUAUGUUUUCGCUAUUUUUAUUUCACUUCAUUCAUAUGAGUUGUGAAUAACUCAGGGCUAAGAAAGAGUUGUUGAAACUACACAAACGGUGUUACCCACCACCUCCCAACUGCACAGACCAAUCCAAUGCAGUGAACACAGUACCUGUUUUUGUGCAAUGUCUCGCUUUAUUGGCAAUUUACUAUUUUCCAUAAAUGAAGAACUAUGUGCUUAACAAAUGAUGCAGCUGAGUUUUUAUUUUAUUUUUAUUUUAAGAAAACAAUACAUAAUACAAUUUCGAAUAUGUAAAACUUUAGCACAUGAAAUAAAUCGGCCCAAAGAAAAAAAAUCUAGCCUUUCUAUUUUUGAGGCCUUUUUACAGUGUCAAAAUGUAAUAAAUGUUAGGAGCGUAGCUUUGUUUUACCUCGGUUUUGACAAUAUUCAACAGUAUACAAUAUUGCUGUCUCACCUCAGCUUUGAAAAUAUACAAAUAAAUGAUGAUUUUUCAUCAGAAGGUGUAUAGAAUAUUCCGUUAUUACGCUUUAUACAUGAUUUUAUCAUUAGUACAUGCUGGAAAAUUUCGUCUUUUUAUAUUUCAAUAAUGAACUUUCAACAGAUGUCUGAUUCUUUUAUUUUUUGCCUGAUUCAAAGCUGAAACAAUGUCAAGUAGGUCAUAAAAUGAAAUUUUCUUUUCACUUUACACUAAGUUUGUAAACUUUGAAUGCCUGUUGACAUGAAUGCAUUGUUUCCCUUUAACAAUUUUGUUCUUUUAUCUCUAACAAAAAUACGAUUCAAUAUUGCUUGUACCUGAUUUGCAUAGACACAAUAUUUUGUCUCAAACUUAAGAGCCAAUGUAAGAAACAUGUAAAUGUAGAUAAUUUUAUAGAAUACUAGUAUUUCAAUUAAAAUGA